GAUAUUUACAGAGGAUACCGGAGGGUCAGAGGGAGAUCCCGUCCCACCCCACAGCAUUUUCGCAUCCUCCCAGUUUGCGUCUUUGACUCCGCCUCAUCACUGUCACAGCCUACUGCUCAAUCCCGUUGCCCCCUCUCCAGAGCAGCGGACGGAGACUACCAUUCGUCGCCGCUGUUGUUGUUGUUUUUCCGUGCUGUCGGCUGUUCUGCUCAUAUAAUGGCCUCCGACGGUAUGGAUGAACGUUCUCCGCUGCUGUCAGCACCGACCUCGGGGAAUGUCACGCCCACAGCUCCGCCGUACCUGCAGGACGCGAGCUCGAGAGUUCCUACAGCUGAAUUACCUCCUCCCUACACUGCCAUCGCCAGUCCAGAUGUGGGCGGAGUUCCUGUCAUUAACUGUCGAGUGUGCCAGGCUCUUAUAAAUGUUGAUGGGAAGCUCCAUCAGCACGUGGUGAAGUGCACCGUCUGCAAUGAGGCCACGCCUAUAAAAAACCCGCCCACAGGAAAGAAGUAUGUUAGAUGUCCUUGCAACUGCCUGCUAAUCUGUAAAGACACAUCUAGGAGGAUAGGAUGCCCCCGACCCAACUGCAGACGCAUCAUCAAUCUGAGUCCUGUGAUGGUGAUCCCAGAAGAGCAGCCAGCUCAGCCAGCUCUACCUGUCCAGCCCGAGGGCAUGCGUGUGGUCUGCGGCCACUGCGGAAACACAUUCCUUUGGAUGGAGCUCCGAUUCAAUACAUUGGCCAAGUGCCCACAUUGCAAAAAAAUAUCUUCUGUAGGAAGUGCCCUACCCAGAAGGCGCUGCUGUGCCUACAUUACAGUAGGAAUGAUCUGCAUUUUCAUCGGUAUAGGUUUAACGGUGGGCACUCAGGACUUUGCUAGGCGUUACCAUGCUUCUUACGUGUCCUGGGCCUUCGCAUAUCUCCUGGGUCUUAUCUGUCUGGUACGGGCCUGCUACUGGGGAGCUAUUAAAGUUAGCUAUCCAGAGAACACCUUUGCAUAGACAAAAAGUCGCCCAUCCUUUAAAGAGUUCUUACAGUAUUUGAUUUAUCCUGAUUUUACCAGGUUAAUAGUUGAAUGAGUAUUCCUGUAACAAACACCAGAGUUUAAAAAUCCAGAGGAUACUAGUCAAUGCGUCUCUUCCAUCGAGUUAUUGAUCGGAUCUGAUGUUUCUCUAAAUGAUUUAAAACUCAUUUGAGAUAAUUAGAGAUAUUAAAGUGAAAUGUGGUCAAUUUAAAUUAUGUGAAUAAUCCAGUCUUGGUACUCCUCUUGGAUUUGUCAUGAUGGGUGGACAUCGUACACAUUUUAAGUACUGCAUUUUGUUAACAAGUUGACCAAAACAGUUGAUCUUUUACAAACUAUUUGCUCGUUGCACUACGAUUUUAUGCAAUUCUGUUUUGUCGCUGCUAGUUGUUAAAGCUGUAUUGAGCUGAGAUUUUAAGGAGGCCUGCCAUCGUCUACCGUCUGUCAUUUACAAGGUUCAGAGAUAUUUAACUCCUCAUUCAACCCUGUGCCAACAUUUCCGUUCGAGUGUCCGCGGUGGAUGCCUCUCUGAUGAUAAUUUAGGAGUAUUUUAAAUCUGUUUUGGCUGCUCAAACUCACUGUGAGCAAUAAUCAUACAUUUGUGUGGCUUUAUAAAGAAACAAGCAUGAACACUGUACCUCUUAGUUUCCCUCAUUGAUCAGUAAUAACGACCGAACGGAAAAUUUGACGUGCAUGAUUUUAAUUUGCUUCUUUUGUACUGAGAAACAGUGUUUUAUUAGUCUGUUACUGAAGGGCACAGUGGAAGUGUUACGCCAUGUGUCUACAGCUCCUUCCUUUGUGUAGAAUGUAAAUGUCCUGCUACUAAUACCAGAACUCAGUAAAACAUCGCUAGUAUUGCUGUAGCUUACAGUACAUUUACAGUAGUUCUGUAUUUUGUCAAAACUAUGGAGAUAACUAUCCUAUCUAAACUCGUUCUGAAUGUGACUCCGCACACAAAGUCUGUAGUUGGAAUAUGGCUUGGGUCUUUUUAAAACAAUAAUAAUUUCUCAAUAAAACGUCAAAAUAUUGUCUGCGUGACUUGGUAUUAU